CCUCAUUUUACCUCUCCUCCAGUCCUCCUCUACGCCUCCAUCUCCAAUUCUCCAUCGACUCCCUCUUCUCCAACGAAACUCCCAUCUCUACAACGCCUCUUCCUCCUCUGCGGUUUUACCGCCGGCUACAAUUAUUCUCUCAAUCGAUCAUCAGGCUUUCCAUCUUCGAUCAGCAAUCGAGCCCAAAGCGCCAACAUCGAUCUUCCAAUUGAUCUGCCAACAUCGAGCUUUAGGAUCUCCAUCGAUCUUCAGGCUCUAACCCUUGCAAUUAUCGAUCUUCCAAUUGUUGGCGUUAUUAUUAGUUUUACAGGGAAAAAGACAAAAUGGAUUGCAAGGAAAAUGGAUCUCCUCAAAGGGAGACUUCACGUGUAGUAGUUGAAUUUCUCGAAGUUGCCAUUACAUCCAUCAUCUUCCUCAAAGGAAUUUACCCACCCGGUGCUUUUGAAAGGCGGAGAUAUAUGAAUCUAUUGGUUCACAGGGCUCGACACCCUGUGCUUAAUCGCUAUAUCCACGACUCCAUCAAUGCACUCGAGCCUUACAUCCAACAGGGGCUGGUUGAGAGAGUUGCAGUUAUUUUCUUCAAGGAUGAUAAAAUUCCAGUCGAGAGAUUUAUGUUCAAGAUUAAUAUGAACCAGUCUUGCUAUGAUGGGGAAAUGAUGGAAAUCGACCUAAGAUCAUUCUUGAUGAAGCUCUCUUUAUCUUUAUCAGAACCUUUUUCAAACAAAAAUUCUAAAACUUGUGAUUGGAGGUGGGAAAUUACAGCUUACUUUUGCUCUCUUCCUGAAGUUGGAGUCUGGAUUUCAAGCAACACACAGCAGUGGAAACAAUCUCCUGUAAUAACGCCCAUUAAGUCCAUGAAUAUUCAGCCAUUGUCUGUGCAGCUAUAUUUGGAACAUCCUUCACCCGAGCCUUAAAAUUGUUGAUUUGUCAAGCAAAAUCCAGGUGGACU